UCUUACGAGUCACGAGAACGUGCUGUCGUACAAGCUUGGCGGCUGGCAACAUCUUGCCGAUGGCAAGCUCAGCAAUGGCUGGACAAGCACUGCCGCGAUGUCCUUGAUGAGUGUGACUUUACCCUGGCAACGAAGACACAAUUGAACUAUCCUAGUGGUCCUGAAAUGGUGGUUGACGGUCACCCUUUCCGGUGGCAAGUGGCGGAGGAACUGCUGGCCAUGGUGGCCCACUACGUUCCUGUCCUGCAAGAGAAGUUCCCGGCUGGCAUAGAGGUGUUGGAGCGAGCAGGAUCAUUUCCUAUUGUGCACGUUCUGAAUAACGACGUGGAGGAAGCCAUUCACGGUCAUAUCUUAGACAAUAUAUGCGCGGGACGGACUAGCUUUCUCCGUCCUGUGGACUCAAGCUUUCCAAAUCGCCAAAAAGCCAUCCGGCGCAUUCUUUCCAAGCGGGAAUUUAACGAGGUGGAUUUUAUUCAGGCCCAAUUUGCAUUCAUCAACCCGCAGGUAACACUGAAAAUGCUUCUUGUGGCCCGAGGACUCCUGGUUAACAGAAUACUGCUUCUCUGUUUAAAUAAGCGAUGGAACGUGCAAUACGGUCUGCAUCCUAGCCGCCACCCUGUCGCGGUGCCCUUCGAAGCAAAAGGAACACCUUCGGAGCAGUCUGAGUUCGGCCAUCCGGACGUCGCAAUAUUAUUUACCUGCUUGUCGUUUUACUAUACAGGACUAACCAUGGCACAGUUUCGCCAAGGGCUACAGCACGUCCUUCAGUCUGAUGACCCAGCCAUGCAGUAUGAGCUGUGGUCUUUGGGUUGUGCCAACCUGCCAGAAACGCUGCAUCAUUGGAAUGUUAUCGACAUCGACGACAUAGGACAAAUAGAGGAGCUGUGGCGAUACAUGCGUCUGGACCGUAUCGUCAUCAACCACUACUUGAACCAAUUCGUCUUCCCUGCACAUGCGAAGCAGUUCCAAAUCAAGCUGCAAGGUUCCGCAUGGGAUCUGCCUCUUUACUCUCGAAAGGACCAAUGCGGUGCCAGAACGACAGGUUUCAGUGGAACCAAUGACAACCGCGCGAUGCUACGAAGCCCUUGUCUUUCCGGGCCUUCACCAGAACAUCUUGAACUUUGCACGUACGGGCAAGUUGAGUCAUUCACCGUCUAAACCUAACGGGAGACGACGCAGGUAACGAGUUUCUGCAUAUUUCUGGCAUUCGACAGAAGAAGGUGAAAUUUCAUCGCAUAAAUGGAUAGGAAUUGGCUUUUAUACAGUCCUCGAUAUACUAGAAAAAGAUGGUAAGCAAAUUAUUGGUUUGGUACAGUAUGUAGGUAUUUUUAUCGUGCGUACCUAGGUACAGAUGCACUAUAAAUAUAGCGAUUUUAGCAACAAAGACCAUUACAUUUAUAAGGGAUUUAACUUAUAGGCUACUAGGAUGCA